CCUUUUCUUUCUUGCAGUUUAUUAACAUAGAUCACAUAAUGGCAUGGUUUUCUUCAACAUUUAAAUUUUGUUCAUUUAAUCACAGAAGCGUGUAAUCAAUCAAACAGUGCAGAUGUUUCUUAUGUUAUAGAUUUGGUCAUCUCGAUUAACCAGCAGCACAGGAAUGACAGAAGCACCAUUACCUCCUCUCAUAUCCAACAACAACAACACCACUGGGAUUACAUUACAGGAUCAUAAUGCUGGAGACCAUGAUAAGAAAGAAAUGGUGAAACUCGAAGUUGAUGGAGGAGGAGACUCGGCUUUGGUAGAGGCUAGAUUCUCUGAUGGGGUGUAUGAUAAGCCUCUAUCAUGCUUUGGUUGUGGCAUUGGAUGGUUCUCAUUUCUAUUGGGAUUUGCUUUUCCUCCACUCUGGUACUAUGCAACAGUGCUUUACUUUGGGAAUUAUCUUAAAGACCCUAGAGAGAGACCCGGCCUUGCAGCAUCUGCAAUUGCAGCUUUAAUUUGCUCAGUCGUCUUGGUUGUCCUGCUUUUCUCACUUUUCUCUUAGCACCUAGUACCGAGUUUCUUCAAGAAAUGCAGAGAAUGUCAGCCGCAAAUUGUUGAGUUAGGAAUAAAGUUGAAAAUGUUUGUAGUCAGGAAUGUGAAUGACAAAGAUG